AGGAUCUGCCGUGUAGCCACCAAAGCUACACUCCCAACACAAGCGAGGCGUGAACUAAGUUCACGAUUACUGUCAUCUACUAUCAUUUCUCUGCUGUAAAUCUGAGACAACGGUAUGAGUGCUGCUGACUCUCCGACUAUUGGGGACUUAUACCUCACCCUCAGUGAAAUGGGUUUCACUGAAGAGCAGAUUCAGGCGGCUGUGCAGUCAGGGCACUUUUCUGUGACAGAGGCAGCUGAAUGGCUUUUACAGGGUCAGUAUCCUCGGCACAGGUUGGUCAAAAAGUCACCGCAGCCGACUGAGACGGCUUUUUCUGCUUUCAACCCUCCCAAAGAAGGAGCGAGCACCUCCACGUCACACACACCUCCCCCUGAGAGCAGCGCCAGUCCAUCACUGGUCCUGAAACAACCAUGCACCGAGCCCUCCCCUCCACCUCCAAUUGAGUCACGGAUCAAACAAGACAAGAGCGACUUUGAAGAGAAAGAAAGACAACGUGUUGCUCAGGAAGCCAGGGAGGAAAGAAGACAAAAGAAACAGGAGCGUGAUAUGGUGUUAAAGAGGAUAGCUGAGGAUCGAAAGAGUUUGCAACGAAAGGUCCAGUCCAGUUCUGCUGCAGAGCAGUCUCCUGCCUCUGGUCAAGGGCAGAAACUUGGAGGAAAGAUUCAAACAAAUGUAGAUGACAACUGCAUCCUCAUGAUUCGGCUGCCCUCCGGUGAGUCCAUGCGCGAACGGUUCUCAGCUGAUGCCCCGCUACGCAGCGUUGUGGAGCACAUCACCGGGCGUCAUCCCUCCCUACCCUCCUUUUCUCUCCUUCAGGGUUUCCCACGAAAACGCUUCGGAGAGGCAGAGCUUGCGUGCUCAUUGCGCUCUCUGGGCCUCACACCUAAUGCAGCAUUGUGUAUACAGACCACUCCUCAAGAGAUGACUCAAGAUCCGCCAAGUCCAGCAGAUCCCGCAUCAGCAAGUCAGAAUGAACCACCUGUGUGUGUUUUGCCUCCUCAACCACAAAUACCUGAUCUGGAGGCGUCAGGAGGGCAGGAUGCCGUUCUACCACCUCUGCUCCCCAACCAAGUGUGGGAAGAGGCUGUGAAUUACGCAGGAAUACCUGGAGCUGGUCCUUCACUGACUGGACCUUCUCACUUUUGGGGGCCGGGACAAAGACUGGUUCGUGGCAAUGCUGAGGAUCCUGGCUUAGAAGUUGAAGAGCAACAAGAACCGGAGGGAGAACUGCCACAGAUGCUAAACGGAAUCCCCAGGCUGCCUUUCUUUCCAGAAAACAGGAUUCGAGAAGGAUUUGAGCCCCGACACCACUGGCCCGAGCAAGGCAAUCGACUCAGGGAUGCUCCGGAGGAGAAUCCAGCAGAUGUUGAGGAGGCAGGAGGCCCGGUGGCCCCUGGAGCAGCAGGACUGGCCGCAGUGGAACGUCUUCAGAGAGCCGUGCUGCAGGACGAUCGCAGCGCCUCCCAGGGACAACCCUCCCCACCUAAACGACCCUUCCGGACACCCAACGUGCCAUCCUUAUGUGCCUUGUCCACCCGUGCAGCUGUGCAUCUCAUGACUGCUCCUAGCAUGCAGUACAGCAGCAGUUUGGCCUGCCUGACUCCCGAGCUGGCGGAGCUUCUGCUCAACCACAUGGCCCACGAGAGGCUGCUGCGUCCACGCACCCUGGAGCUCUUCUUUGGCUGCCCGUUGCAGAAGUUUGUCCUCAACUGUUAUCCUUACUCCACCAAUGAGCUCCUGCGGCAGUUGCGUGCCUUCCCAGGACUGAAGCAUCUGAGUCUAGUCAACUCGCCUCUCAUUACAGACUCUGGUCUAGCAGUGCUGUCCAGCCUGGUUAAACUCCAGUAUCUCAACCUGGCCUCCUGUAGCAAACUGACUGACUCCUGUCUGCAGCAUAUCACAGGUUUGAAGAGCCUGCAUUUCCUCUCGCUGGAUCAGACCAAAGUGACGGAUGCUGGGAUGGUGCCGUACCUGCAGUCGGCUCCCCCCUGCCUCUCUCAGCUCAGCCUGAACCAGACGGCGGUGACCGAGGCCACACUGGCAGUGCUCCCCAGCUGCGUGCCACAGCUGCGACUUCUCAGCAUCAAGCAGACUAAGGUUAAUGAUGUGACGGCCCUGGCGGAAAUGUCCAGUCUGCAGACUCUGAAUCUGGAUCGGACAGGUGUGACGGAGAGUUCUCUGGAGAAAAUCGCUACUCACCCUGCUCUGUCCACUCUCAGUUUGGCGGGAAUACCUGUGACAGAUGGCAACCGUACCCUACAGAUUAUCUCAGGUCUAAAGUUGAGUCAUCUCACCCUCCCCGGACGCCACACUGUGACAGACAGCGGGCUGUUGUUCCUGUGUCGGCUGUCGCUGCUGUCAGAGCUGGACCUGACGGACUACACACACGUCACGGACCAGGGAGUCAGCCAGAUCUCCACCAUGACCAGGCUUAAGAAGCUGUCACUGAGCAACACUCAAGUGACGGAUGCAGGGCUCCCUUCUCUGCAUGGCCUGCAAGACCUGCAGGAGUUAUGUUUGGACCGGACGGCAGUCACCAGUCAAGGAGUGGCCCAACUGAUCACCUGUCUGCCGCACCUGCAGGUGUUGGGACUAGCCAGCACUCGGGUGGGAGACACAGUAGUGAGGAAGGGUCUGGUGAGCUGCCAUCAGCUUGUUAAACUCAAUCUCAGCCGCACACGGAUCACAGACAACGGCCUGAAGUACUUGAAAGACAUGCCUCUUGCUCAAAUAAACCUGGAUGGGACUGGAGUGAGUUUGAUGGGCAUUGCAAAUCUCCUGACUUCGACCAACAUUAGCAGCAUCCGGGCUAGUAAUACUCAUACCAUUCCACUUGACGAGGUCUCCGACGAGGAGUGGGAAGCUCAGUGAGCAUCGACACCCGUUUGGGGCGCAUGAACUCUCGACUGCUGCUGUGCUUUUAGCCCCUGGAACAUGCUGCCACCCAAUUAACCUGGAAACAUCAGUGUAACACUCCUACUUGCAGUUUCAAAUGCAGCUAGUGCCACUAAUCUGACAAUCACGCAUGCUAAGUUAGAACCUUAAGCGGGAGCUUUGUGUUUAAAGAACUACAAUGUUUACAUCCAGCUUAGAGAAUUUCUCAGUAUUUUCUUGCAUAAACUGCAGUCUAAUGUUCACCUUCAAUGUUUAAUGUAUUAUUUGAACACCUAGUUUUUCAAAUAACUGGCCCAUUAUCUUCUGGCACUAAUACAAGAACAAUACUGAAAGAUACCAAAAGAUCUAGGAAAGUAUGAAAAUGAAUAUUAACAUGUGGCAUUUGAAGACUGUUCUAGUAAUCACUGCUACCUGCAUUUGAAAUACAUCUUUGCAAUUGUGAGUCAUUGGCUUUGAUAUUAGAAUCAGUGCAUGUAGUUAACACUCCUGCGGGUUCAUUAAGUGUCAAGCUGGAGGCUGAUCUUUACUUGAUUUGAGGCAGAGAUCUGCACUUUGCUUUUGUGACGUUAGGCAAACACUGAUUAAGUGUUUCAGUUUGAACAGCUAGUAGCUGCUAGUUUUUCAUUUCAACCUUGAGCGGUGAUGUACUCCCAUCAAGUUUUGUCAAGUGACAAUGCCUUUUUUUGGGGAGGGCAGUAGAGCCAUUUUCAGCCAGUCUGGGUGAGUGACGGUGUCGUGGCUACAAACGUAUCUAUGCAGCCACAGGGUGCAGGAGACAGAACCCAAAGAAACUUCUUUGAAUCACUUCAGCAUUUUUCCUUGUUUACAGAGCUGUAUAGUUUAUUUUCCCUAAAAGCUUUUAACUUUUGGAUACAGACACCAUGCUCGCAAAAGUUAAUAAAAGUUCAAUUUAA